AUGGCAUCUGAGACUGAAAAGGCCCAUGCUCUUCUGCAGACUUUCAGCACAGCUUCAGUUAUUUCUAGUCUAGGUUUGGGAAUAUUCUGCUUUGUAGUAGACAGACUUCUGCAGUUGUCCUUCAUUCAGCAAAAUGACUGGCUCCGAGCCCUCUCUGAUAAUGCAGUGCAUGGUAUUCUGGGAAUGUGGUCCUGGGCAAUAGUGAUUGGACUCAGGAAGAAAAGUGACUUCGCUGAGAUCACUCUGGCUGGAUUCCUCGCCUCUGUCAUUGAUGUGGACCACUUCUUUUUUGCUGGCUCCCUGUCAUUAAAGGCUGCUCUGACUCUUCCACAGAGGCCACUGCUUCAUUGCUCUACUGUGAUUCCUGUUGUGGCUUUGACAUUAAAGUUUAUUAUGCACCUUUUCAGGCUUAAGGAUUCAUGGUGCUUUCUUCCCUGGAUGUUGUUCAUAUCCUGGACUUCUCAUCAUGUCCAUGAUGGGAUUCGUCAUGGCCUCUGGAUCUGCCCAUUUGGGAAAACUCCUCCUUUGCCAUAUUGGCUGUAUGUGGCAAUUACAGCAUCUUUACCUCAUCUAUGUUCAUUCAUUAUGUAUUUAACAGGCACUAGAGAAUUAAUGUCUAUAAAGCAUGGAAUCCGCAUUGAUGUAUAA